AUGAAUCGUAAAGAAAAUAAUGACGAUAAAGAAAGAUUAUUAAAUCAAGAUGUAGACACCGAAAUUGAAAUAGAUACCUAUGACGAUGGUGAAGAUGGUAUAGGUUUAAAGAUACAACAGGCAAUUAAUAUUCCAACUCCACAGCCAUCACAGCCAUCACCAUCAACAUCACAACAAAAACAAGAAAGUUCCUUCUCAACUAUAGCAUCAGUUAUAGCAUUUUAUUUUGUUAUAUCUAUAACAUUAGUAUUUUUAAAUAAAACUUUAAUGUCAGAUUUUAAUUUUGAAUAUCCACUAUUCAUCACAUGGUAUCAACAAAUUAUUUCAUUCAUAUCAAUUUAUAUAAUGACAAAUAUCAGCAGCAAAGUUCCAGCAUUAUCAUUUUUCCCGGCAUUUGAGUUUAAACGUGAAACCGCAAUUAAAGUAUUACCAGUUACUAUAGUAUUGACAGGUAUGAUUAUUUUUAAUAAUCUUUGUUUAGAAUAUGUCGAGGUUUCAUUUUAUCAGAUUGCAAGAUCACUUACAAUUUGUUUUUCAAUCAUUUUUACAUAUUUAAUACUUAAAACAAAAACAUCAUAUAGAGCAACAUUGGCUUGCUUGGUUGUAUUUUUAGGUUUUAUUUUGGGUAGUGUUGGUGAAGUAAACUUUUCUUGGAAGGGUAUUGUUUUUGGUUUAUUAUCAAGUUGUUUUGUAGCAUUAUAUUCAAUUUAUGUUAAAAAAGUUUUACCAGCAUGUGAUGGCAAUGAAUGGAGACUAUCAAUUUAUAAUACAGCAAUUUCAAUUGUUUUAAUGUUCCCAUUACUUAUAAUUUCCGGAGAAGCAUCAACUAUUAUGGGAGAGAAACUUUUACAUUCAUUUACAUUUUGGGUUUAUAUGACAAUAGCAGGUAUUUGUGGUUAUUUGAUUAGUAUUUCAGUAUUUAUGCAAAUUAAACAUACUUCACCACUUACAAAUAAUAUUUCAGGUACUGUUAAAGCAUGUGUCCAAACCAUUUUAGCGGUUAUGAUUUGGGGAAAUAAAAUCACUUUUCAAAAUGGUUUAGGUAUUGCUAUUGUAAUUGGCGGAUCUUUCUGGUAUUCAUUUAUUAGAUAUCAAGAAAUGAGAAAAUAA